AUGGCGGACGCAUCGAGCGCGUCCGCAAACAGGGCCUCUACGGGCCCUAGCCUGUGGGAUAAAACGAAGGAUUACUCGAGCACCGCUUAUGAAAAAGCUCUCAAACCUGGCUUCAACAAGGCUUAUGCUGUGGUCGACAAGCUGGGAGCCCCGGUCAAUCGUCUAUCCAACAAAGUCGGUUCAGAAGCCUUCUGGCCGACCACAAUGGACAAGGAAUCUGAGAAGGCUGCCCGCAUCCUUCGCGGAUUCUGCAAAGAUGGGUUCUAUGAGCAGGUCGAUCAGAAGCAAGACAAGUUGGUGGAGAAUCGCAAGGCCACCGCAGACGGCAUCCCCCAAGGCAAACAAAGAGUGCUCACCAAGAUCCCCAGCAAGGUCAUCAAGCAGUGUGUCGGCUUGGCCAUCUACACCACCAUGCGCACCGGAUGGCUCUUUGGAGGGUCUGGUGGUGCCGGCGUGCUGGUUGCGAGACACCCAGAGACCGGAGAAUGGAGUGCGCCCAGCGGUAUCCAGACGCAGAACAUCUCCUUUGGCUUCCUUGCGGGAGUCGAUAUAUACGACACAGUCCUGGUCAUCAACUCAUACAAAGCUCUAGAAGCCUUCAUGAAAUUAAGGUGCACCCUGGGCACCGAGGUCGGUGUCGCGGCCGGUCCUGUGGGAUUGGGAGGCAUGCUAGAUACGGAGAUUCACAAGCGCCAGGCUCCCAUCUGGUCAUAUGUUAAAAGCCGGGGCCUGUAUGCGGGUGUUGCCCUCGAGGGAAACAUUGUGAUCGAGCGAACAGACGAAAAUGCAAAGUUUUACGGGGAGCGUGUGGGAGUGGCCGACAUCCUUGCGGGAAAGCUUCACCAUCCGCCGGUCGAGCAAUAUCAAGUGCUCCUGGACACGCUGAAAGCCGCACAGGGUGAUGAAGUUGAUGAUAGCCUGCUUCCAGAAGGGCUCGCUCCCAGCGACAUGGAACUGGUCUCGGAAGGUAUCUUUGGCAUCCCCGCCGAGGACGAUCCCGAUCCAUACGGCGUGAAGGCUCUGGAAGCCGAAGGACUGAUCAUUCGAGAGGCCGGAACACAUCAGAGGCCGAGCGCUGAAGUGUUUGAGUUCAGACCCGCCCCGACCAGCCCUGUCUUUGCACACUUCUCGCGCAGGAGUGUGGAUGGCUCAGUCAGGAGUCGGAAUUGGAGAGACAGCACCCACAGUCUCGCCAGCAUCGAUCGAGGUACUCAGACCGACGAAGACGAGCCGCAAGGUGCUGGGAGCAGCCCCCAUCGAGACUCGAUCCAACACAGCCAGAAUGUGGAUGAUGAUGAAAAUCGACACGGCUCUCACCAAGAACAAGGAGCAUCCUUCUCAGAUGUGGACUCGGACGCCGAGAUCCAGACGGCAGUCCCGAUGGUGGCACGAGCCAGAGUGGUGGAAGUACCAAAGCGUGUGCCCCCGGCAUUACCACCGCGGAAUCCAGGCCGGGUUGUGUCACCUACGCCGCCUUCGGACUCCCAACCUCCAGUCGAUGGGUUUGACAGGAUUUCGUUGAACGGGAGUACUGAAGAGAAGCGUGAGGCUGAAGAGAAAGAGGAGGCUGAAGAGAAACAGGAGGUUGAAGAGAAUCAGGAGGUUGAAGAGAAUCAUGAGGUUGAAGAGAACCAGGAGGUUGAAGAGACACACGAUGCUGAAGAGGAACAUGAGGGUGAGAGUGAUCAGGUCGAAUCGCCCGCUGCGACACAGGAUGCUACGGAUUCAGCCUUUCAUUCUCUCCCAGGCACGCCUAAUGAAGAACGGAAGGAGUUGUAA